AAAGGAGUCGUCAAAAAAAGAAGAAAUAGAAUUAUUGGAAAACAGGAAGACGAAUUCGGCUGAUUGAUUUUUAAUAUGUCAAAACUUUUGACAUCCAAAAUGUUAUUUGAAUGAUUGAAUGUGUAUUCGAAAAAUGUUAUUUAACGUUUUAAAAGGCUUUAAAUAUACACGAUUUAAGCUGAAUGUAAGAUAUGUUUCUAAUCUUCAAACAAAACAGCCAGUUUCUGAUUGCUUACCACCGUAUUUUACUCUUUGCAAAGAAUUUAUUGACGGUAACGCGGAGUUAGCUAGUAGUUUAUUAAAUUGCAUGACUGUUCACAAUGAUUUUUUAAGCGAAGCUGAAGAACAAUCUAUUUUGGACGAAGUCGAUCCCUAUAUGAAAAAAUUACGUUAUGAAUUUGAUCAUUGGGAUGAUGCAAUACAUGGUUACAGAGAAACUGAGAGGUUGAAGUGGAAUGAAUCGAAUACAAAAAUACUUGAUAGAGUGAGAUCUAUUGCUUUCCCACCUAAUGUAGCACAAUUGAAAUUUGUACAUAUUUUAGAUUUAGAUAAGAAUGGUUACAUUAAACCUCACAUAGAUGCUAUUAGGUUUUGUGGGAACACCAUUGCCGGCUUAAGUCUACUAAGCGACAGUAUUAUGAGGCUUGUACAUGAUAAAAACAAAUGCUUGAAUGCAGAUAUAUUACUUAAAAGAAGGUCUUUGUAUAUCAUGAAAGAUUCUGCCCGUUUUGACUACACUCACGAAAUUUUGAGCAAUGAUAACAGUGUUUUCAAGGACCAAAAAGUGUUUAAAGAUAGGAGAAUAUCUGUGAUAUGUAGAAAUGAACCUGAUCCUGAAAAUAAAAAGUUGUAGUUAA